UCAGUAGAGGAGCAUCAAGCACAGACUUUGCACGCUGCUGGAAGGAUCUAUUACAUUGACAAAAAUUAGGAGAAGGCACAGUGUGACCAGACUGCUGCCUGAAAGGGAACAGAGCUGAGAGGACUGUGAGCAGAGCCGUGUGAAUAAGCAGAGCUUGGGAGGAAAGCCAAGAUGUGGAAGAGGUCAAAGGUGACCGAUCCAACUGCCGCUGGGCAGGCGGGCAUCAAGAAGAAGUCGAAAGUGCCCGGUGUCAUGAUAACGCAGUUUAAAGAGGAACUUCCAGAAGGAAAGUCAACUCCAGAUUUCACCCGCAAACCCAUUGCACUGACUAUUCAAGAGGGUAAAUUUGCAGUCUUUAAAGCCAAAGUGGUGGGCACCCCAACCCCGACUAUAACGUGGAGCAGAGCAAAUGGAGAAAUAAAUUUUCUCCCUGGCGUGUGCAUGCAAAAGUAUGACGAGGCAACUCUCGAGCAUACUAUUGAGUUCCCUAAGGUCAGCCCCGAAGAUGCUGAUACUUACAAGUGUUUUGCAACAAAUGAAUAUGGAAGAGCUGUUUGCACGGUUGUCUUGAAUGUUAUUUCGGUUGGAUUCUCUAAGACCAAGGAACUGCAAAAGACACCAGUAGAAGAUGCAACGGAAUUUAGAAAAAUGCUUAAAAAACGUAAUGUUGAUGGAACACGUGAGCAAAAGCCGAUGGAGCCGGAGGAGAAGGUCUGGGAAAUUCUCCUCAGCGCGGACAAGAAAGACUAUGAACGAAUCUGCGCCGAGUACGGUAUCACAGACUUCCGCCACAUGCUGAAGAAACUGAAUGAAAUGAAGAAAGAGAGAGAGGAGGAGAUUGCAGAGUUUGUGACACAUAUCAGUACACUGAAACAUAUUGAGGUCAAAGACACCGAUUCUGCAAUAAUUGAGUUGGACAUGGACCUCAAGGAUCCCUCCAGCAAAAUCUUCCUGUAUAAGGAUGGCGUUAUGGUUCCAUUCACCAUAGAAGAAAGCGAGUCGCAAAAGCAUAGUUUGAAACAAGUUGGCAAGAAAUAUGUCUUCACAAUUAAAAAUCUCAGUUCAGAUGAUGCUGGACUCUACUCAGUGGAUGUUGAGGGCGUCAACAUAUUCUCAACAGAUUUUAAAGUACCCAACGUUGACUUUGCUGUCAAAAUACAAGAGGUUAAGGCAGAAGAACGAGAGGACGCCCUCUUUCAAUGUGUCCUGACUGCACCUUUGAAUGAGCUUGUAUGGAUGGGCAAAAACGUGAAGCUGUCCAAUAGUGAAAAACAUGAAAUCACUGUAUCUGAAGAUAAGCUUAUCCACAAGUUGAUUGUGAGGGACUGUAUGCCUCUGGACGCUGGUAUCUAUACUGCUAUGGCAGGAAUCAAAUCUUGCAGUGCCUGGCUUGUAGUUGAAGCUGAUAAAGAUCUUGCCAGCAAGGGAAAGAAGGCAGCUCGUAAAACUACUGUGGCUGGUGCCGGGAAUGACGACGAUCUGAUGAGAAUAGCAAAGGAACAACAGGAAAGAUAUCAGAAAGAAAUGGAAGAAAAAAUAAGGAAACGCAAGAAACGUUUGAGAGAUGGUCCCCUUGUUCCAGACACAGUGACAGUGAAUUUUAAAAACGUAUUUCAGAAAAACCCAGGAGUUCACUUUCAUGCUGGGCUUUCUGACUGCAAAGCCAUUAUUGGAGAAGCAGCAGAGCUGGAGUGUAAAGUGAGCAGUGAAGACUGUGUGGGAGUCUGGUACAAAGAUGGAGAGGAGAUUAAAUCAUCUGAGGGUAUAACCAUUACAAAAGACGGAACUUUUCACAGGCUGAAAAUUCACAAAGUCACAGAGGAAUUUGCUGGAAAAUACAAAUUUGAAGCAGAUGGACGCAAGACAGAGUCUGUGAUUGCUGUUGAAGAUCCACCCAGAUUUUCCGCUGAGGAACUGGAAGCAUUUAAAACACCUGUAACUGUGAAGAAAGGACACAAAGCUACCUUUAAACUACCUUAUAUUGGACGGGAACCAAUUAAAGUCCAGUGGUACCUUGAGGGUGCAGAGCUUUCUGAGGAACCAAAUAUCAAGUUCGAUCACUCUGAGGGUAGCAGCCGUCUGCUUCUAACCAAGCUGCAGCGCAAGGACAGCGGUGAAGUCAAGAUAAAACUCAAAAAUGAGUUUGGCACUAUUGAAGCCUUCAGCCAGCUUGUUGUACUGGAUAAACCCACUCCUCCGAUGGGACCUUUGGAGAUCGUUGAAGCCAACUCCUCUUCAAUUGAAUUUAAAUGGAGGCCCCCAAAAGACGCUGGUGGCUGCAAGAUAGACAACUACAUUCUUGAACGACAACAAAUUGGCCGCAACACCUGGAAGAAGGUGGGGCCGAUUGGUUCAGAGGCCAAAUUCAGGGACACCGAUGUAGACCACGGCAGGAGGUACUGCUAUCGCAUCAGAGUGGAGACUGAAAUGGGCACCAGUGAGCUGAUGGAGACGGAGGAUAUUCAAGCCGGAACAAAAGCAUACCCUGGACCUCCUUCAGCACCAAAGGUUGUAACUGCCUUCAAGGAUUGCAUCAACCUCUCUUGGUCUCCUCCAUCUGACACUGGAGGAACCAAUAUUCUCGGAUACAACCUUGAGAAACGCAAGAAGGGCAGCAACCUGUGGAGCCUAGUCCACCCACCCGAUGAGAUGAUUAGAGCCAAAGGAUUUGGAGUGAAAGAUGUGGUCGAGGGCAUGGAGUACGAAUUCCGUGUGGCAGCAAUCAACAACUCAGGAGCGGGUGAACACAGUGCACCAUCAGAGUUUGUGUUUGCCAGAGACCCAAAAAAGCCUCCUGGUAAAGUCAUAGACUUGAAAGUGACAGACUCCACCUACACAGCCCUGUCCCUGUCUUGGACCAAACCCAAGGACGUUGAGGGGGUUGAGGAUGAAGCAAAAGGAUACUUUGUGGAGAUCAGGCCUGCAGAAAACACAGAAUGGGAUCGCUGCAAUGCUAAUGCGAUAGCCUUGAACUUCUAUACAGUGAAAGGCUUGAAGUCAAUGGCUAUGUACUGGGUGAGAGUCAUUGCUACUAACGAUGGAGGAGAGGGACGACCACAAGAGCUGGACAAUUACAUCCUCGCUAUGCCCCCUCCUGUGAGACCACGAUUCACAGAUUCCAAAAUCAAGAGUUUCAUGGUGGUGCGAGCAGGAAACUCUGCACGGUUCAACAUUAAUUUUGAGGCCUCUCCUUGGCCUGAGGUCACCUGGCUGAAAGAUGGAGUGCCUGUACCUAAAAAGGUGACCAUCAGCAACGCAGAGGGAAAUUCCCAGCUUCUGAUUGCAUCCUCUGAGCGCUCAGAUACUGGAAUCUACACCAUCACUGUCAAAAACAUUGUCGGCCAAGAAUCAUUCAGUAUUGAAAUUAGAGUCACAGAUGAGCCGAAGCCACCGGGUCCUGUGGAGACUGACGAAAACGUGCGAGGCACGGUAACCAUUUCAUGGACCCCAUCUCCAGAUGAGAAACGUGACGACAGGCUGCACUACAUGAUUAUGAAGCGUGAUUCAAGUAAAAGAACAUGGAACACUGUUGGCGAUCACAUCUUCAACAACAGAUUCACAGUCUGCAACAUACUGCCGGGCCGAGAAUACCAGUUCAGAGUCUUUGCAAAGAAUGACAUGGGCUGCUCCAAACCUUCUGAAUCACCAAAGUGGCUGAUACCAUGCAAAAAGGAAAAGUUUACUCUGAACAGGCCAGAAACAAAGCCGUGUAAUCUGCAGUGUCCUCCCAAGUUCCUUGUCCCACUGAAAUUGCACACUGCUCCUGAAGGGUAUGAAUGCUACAUGAGCUGUGCCAUAAAGGGGGAUCCAACACCUCAUGUGACAUGGCUUCACAACAACAUCAGCCUGAAUACCAACACCAACUACUUCAUCUCCAACACCUGUGGAGUCUGUUCACUGCUCAUAUUGAGGGCUGAAUCUAAAGACAUCGGGGAGUACAAGAUUGUUGCAGAAAACUGGCUGGGAAGAGCAGAGAGCUCCACUAAACUCACAGUGAGAGAAUAAAUGACCACACUGAAGAUGGUAAAGCUCUACAAUGCUUACAGUUGUUAGUAAUAGACAUACUGCAUCUUUAGAGCAAACCCUGCCAAAUGUAGAACAAGUGAUUAUUUAACAUUGCCUGUGACACCUUUAGGUUGUUAUCUAUUUCACAAUAAAGUCUUAGGCAUAGAAAUGUUGCUGAAAUAAAAACCACAAAUGUGAUUUGUUUGAUUUUAAUUGUGCAAUCUCAAUAAAAUGGAAGCUUGAAAUUCUAGCGUGCAAUAUGGCAUAUUUUAACAGUGGUAAUACACAUGUUUAACAGCAGAAGUGUUUACAGCGCAUGACACUGUGUUGCGGUGAUUUAUUGGCUUUAAAAGUACUAUUUUAAGGUGUUUGUCUCAAACUGCUUGUGUCCUUGACGUAUUUUUUUAGAUUUAUAGUAUUGUUGGGUUGCAGUUGUUAGUUUUCCAUUAUUGUGGAUUAACAAUCUUCCCCUAAAGUGAGACUUAAGAGAAAAAGAAAUACUGAAAUGAAAAUACACUGUAUAUGAUACUGACUGUUAUACAAAGAGAAUAUGUGCAGGUUCAGUGUAAAUAAAUAUUUCAUACUGCUA